AUGGAACCGACAGACGACCACGAAGAAUUCGACUCGAUCAUGGAGAGCGAGGGCUUCACAAUGGUUUCUUUGGACACUCUUCCUUCUGCCCAGCAAAUCGGCCUCGGAAGCCACGCCAGUAGGGCCUCAGAUAAUGCCGCCAAGGUGCUACAAGAUCGAGACAAUGGGAAAAUUGGAGAUCGAUUGAAACGCAAACUCCCUGGGGGAAUCACUGAUCUUCGAAGCGAACACAGCUCGGCGAGAGCGAGCCCAGCAGUCAAGGAAUUUUCUCCGGGCUCUCUUCUUCGCUCGCGCCAGGAAGGGAACCGUUCAGUCAAGCCACCUCCCGCGAAUGAUUCUCCAAAACGCCAGUUUUCGUCACCUAUCGGCCGGCAAUCCAAAAAUGCGGGCAAACCAUCACCUCAGCCUGUUUCUUAUCCUGAUCUUCCUCCGACAUCUUCACCCGCGAAGCACAGGCCCAGCUAUAGAUCUGAAGAACAAUAUGAGGAUGAGGAAGAAGGGGAUGAAGGCCAAUAUGAGGGCGAAGAUGAUGAAGGGGUAUUUGAAGAUUUUGCUCCCAAGAAUGAAGCAGUCGUCUUAGAUGAUAUUGAAGAGGAGGAGGAAGAUGUAGAAGAAGUGGAUGUUAAUGAAGAGGAGGAUAAUGAGGAAGAGGAUAAUGAGGAAGAAGUGCAUAUUGUACCUCAUUCAUCCGAAUUCGAGCAAGCGCAAUCACCCCGCGACCAGGCUUUUUCUGCAAGAUCACAGCAAGAGGCACGAUGGCAUGAAGAGCGGUUGAAUGUCAGUCGCCAUGCUCAGAACGCUGCUGAUUCUAAUCGCAUGAUCUACAUCGACAGCGAUGAAAAUGUCUCGGACGAAGAAAGGAUCCAAAGCAACGAUUUGGCCCAUGACCGAUGGCAGUCGGAUGUCGAGUCUGUGGUUGACGAGGAAGUCGAACAGCCUGAAGAGCCUGAGGAGCCUGAAGAGCUUGACGAGCCGGAGGAUAUUGCGGGACAUGAAGACCGUGAGCAGUCUGAAGGACCCGAAGGGCUGGGGCCGGAUGAUGAGCCAGCGACUCUUUCUGAACAAGACGUACCCGAAGACAUUGAACGAUUCAAAGAAGAGGAUUUAGACGGAUUUGGGGAGUCUGAUCAGGAUAGGCAAUCGAAAACAAAGCCCGUUCCCUCCACUUUCAUUGACCAGAAUCGAACGGUACAACGGGAAGCAUCGGAAGAUGUCGACGACGGAUACGACGAUAUCUGGCGCCAGGAACCUGAAAAUUCAAGAUCAGAGCACAGACAAGCCAGGGAGCCCGAGCAACCCGCCAAUCGCGCAUGGGCAACGGAGUAUGACGAAGAUGACGCCUUUGAUGAUAUCUGGCAGCAAGAAGCACGCGACAACAGCUACCUUUCACAGCAAUCCGAUCAUCGUGCGCAUCAGCCUGUUGAAGAGGCUGUCAGUCCUUGGAGAGAGAUUGCUGAAGAUUCAUCCAAUCAAAACCGUCUAGGCUCGUCUCCAGCUUAUGUCAACCUUGAAAAGUACGAUUUGCGCCAUCUGAAUCCAACACAGAUCCGCAAACUGCGUGAGCGCGAGGUUGAUCUAUCCGCUCUCCUCGCGGCCGAUGAUACCCCAAACCGUGCUCGCUAUUACAACGGAACAAGCACUCCACGGAGUAUCCUAAGCCGUCAUUCCGCGGCGCAGCAUUCGUCUGCUAGCAAAAGUAGCUCGCACAAGCCAGAGAAACGAGUUCGUCUGCAGCCAUUGUCUCAGUCGCCAGAAAGAGAGCCUGAGGCCGAGCAAGAAUCGCCUGUCUUCCGGCAUAAUUACUCGCGUCAGGAGUCUUUACCUGACGAGGUUCAUGAGAUCGGUAGCGCUUCCGAUGGGGGCUCUUUCGAGGAUGAACCUGCCGAGGGUAUGACUACUACCCCAAGGCGCCAAAGCCAGCCGGAUGUGGAACCUCAGGGAUCAACCUGGUUCCAACGGAUCACUAGCCUCACUCCCAGAUGGCUCAAAGCGCCCAACCAGGCAGAUGAUGACGAAUCCAGCGAAGCCUCCCAGGACGAACAUGUGGAGGCUUCUGAUGAGGAGACGGAGGAUGAUCAGGUCGACAAAGGAGAACUUUCGCUUCAGUCCCCACAAGAACAUCAUCAAUCGCAUGAAGACACUCCACGCUCUCAUCGUUCAAGUGAAUCGCCAUUUGUGUACCAAAAAACUCCGGCAUCAGCGAAACCAGCAAACUCACGACAAAGAUACGAGACAAGUCAAGUGCGUUCUCUCGAAGCAGACGACGAAGCAUCAGAUGAUUUCGAGCGGCGUGCUUCGGGCGAUGCCGCGGACGAGCUUGUGGGGCUGGACGAGGAAGCUCACGACAGGCCCAAAGGUCCGAGACCGCUCGCGGUGUUUGGUUAUUUCUCAAACGAGCAUUACUUGGCUCUUCGGCGUAUCUACCGAAUGGCAAAGCGCCACCCCGGGCGCCUCCCCUAUCACAAUGCGCCUGGACGAGCCCAAAUAAUCGGCGACUGGAUCUGGACCUCAGAUGGCCUCCAUGGGGUUCCCAUCUCCGAAGCGCAGUUUGCCAUUAUCGAUCGAUUUGUACAGGAACUCUCGCAUGCUGAUGUACAGUACGGUGGAUCGGGCCAGGUCGAGUGGACAGAUGCUGACCUGCACCGGAGGUUGAUAAGCAUCAUCAUUGGCGAACAAAUCCGAGAAGAGCGAAAAGUCCAGGCGAACCGCGGGGCUUCUGUCGAUACGUGGCGAUGA